AUGGGGGAUGGGAAUAGAAUUGGGAUUGAUUCAUCAUUAGAAUGUGAUUUUGGGUUGGGUUUGAAGAUGCAGGUGCAACCUACUGAAUCAUCAACUUGUAAUAGGGCCAUGGUUUUCCCUCACUAUUAUCAGCUUUCUUCUUCUCAGUAUAAUAGCUUUUCCGGUGUUGGAAUCGGUGGGGGCGGCGGGGCCAAUUUUUGUAACCCAAAUAACCAGGCGGUAGGGUGUGUGAGCAAUAUCUACGGUUCUACAGGCGGCGGCGGUGCAGUUUUUCCGAGGAGCUCUCACAAUACUGCUCUCAAAGGAGGCAUGCUCAUGUCUGGAAAAGCUCUUUUUACAGACACACAGUGGCAAGAACUGGAGAGACAGACAAUGAUAAACAAGUACAUAAUGGCUUCUAUCCCUGUUCCUCCUCAACUCCUCUUGCAACUCUCAAAUGCCCCAAUUGCCUUCCAAUCUAAAACAUCUGGUUUGGAUUUGAGGUGCUCGAGGGGGUCGGAUCCAGAGCCAUGGAGGUGCAGGAGAACAGAUGGGAAGAAAUGGAGGUGUUCAAGGGAUGUAGCACCUGAUCAGAAAUACUGUGAGCGCCAUGCCCACAAAAGUAAACGCCGUUCAAGAAAGCCUGUGGAAACUCAAUCCCACAACAGUACUACUACCAACAAUUCUCAACAAUCUCUUCACCUUCCACUUAAUACUCCAACCACUCAGAAACCAAUGGACUUCACUGCUCCAUAUGACCAAACCAGGUGCACCGAAUGGUUCAUGAGAGGUGGAAGCAGCAGUAGCACCAUCGUCCUCCCUGUCUCUACUUGUAACCAACAAUGGCAUCAACUUAUGCAGUCAUCAUCUAAAGUGGGAUAUUAUAAUAGAGACAACACCGUCCAGAACAAGAAUAAUUUGUCUGUAUUUCAAUACGAGGAUAAACAAGAUUUCAUGAACUCGUUUCUUGACCACCCCAAGUCGGCCUAUUUACAAACGAACCUUGAUUUAAACUCUGAAAAAACACAGACAACCAGGCAUUUUUUUGAUGCAUGGUCAACAGGAGAGAAAGAAGGCAAUGAAGGGUCAGCUGCAUCUUUAAACAAGAAGAGGUUUUCACCUUCAUCUUUGUCCCUGUCAAUGUCAAGGGGAAUUGGGAUUGGUGAAGGUGAUGAUCAAAAUGCAGCAAUGGGUAUUGGGACUAUGAAUACUGUUAAAGAAAAUGAUGGGUUUUUGAAUACUGUUUCUUGGUUGAGUUCUCCGCCGGGUGGACCGUUGGGUGAGGUUUUGGGACUUGGCAAUGCCGCUGGCGGUCUUGGCGAGGAGUGUUUAGAUUUGACGUCGCCUCAUGGGUAUAGCAAUAGCACUACUAAUAGCAGCUGCUGCAGUAAAAGUUCUCGUGAGGAUGGAAUGGGCACCCGUUCACACAAUUUUAUUGGUUGA